CUACAAUUCCACAGAGAUUUGAUCAUAAAGAGGUUUCAAGUCUUCUGCGACAGAAUAGUCACUUUCUUAUCUAUCCGAAUUCAGCAUUUGAUCCUCGAAACCAAGACACCUUCGCAAACAGCCUCAGCCUCAGCCUUGUUUCAUCACAGCUCAAGAUGGGUUCCGUUGUUCUCCCUCACCUACGCACAGGCUGGCAUGUUGAUCAAGCAAUAAUGAAUGAGGAGGAGCGCCUUGUAGUUAUUCGCUUCGGGCGAGACUACGAGCCAGAUUGCAUGCGUCAGGACGAGGUUCUAUACAAGAUUGCCGACCGAGUCAAGAACUUUGCAGUGCUUUACGUCUGCGACUUGGACGAAGUACCCGAUUUCAAGCAGAUGUAUGAACUCUAUGACCCAAUGACGAUUAUGUUUUUCUGGCGGAACAAACACAUGAUGUGCGAUUUUGGAACUGGUAAUAACAACAAGUUAAAUUGGGUGCUGGAGGACAAGCAGGAACUCAUCGAUAUUCUCGAGACAAUCUAUCGCGGUGCGAAGAAGGGCCGAGGAUUGGUUGUCAGUCCCAAAGACUACUCGACACGCUAUCGAUACUAGGUGGACUCGCGACGAAGAGCUUUGUUCACAGUCUCCUCUAUCAAAUCUUUGCGAAGGGUGGAAGACGCUUCGACACUCGAUCUUAUACCCGCUGCAUCUGGGCGGCCUUGCCAAGAACUCCAGAAUUUGGCUUCCUCACCCUCUCUGGAGCUGUGUCCUUCUAUCUCGAACUUGUAGCACUGGAGAUUCAUGAUCUUUUGGGAACCUGAUUCUGGGAUCAACACCGGAAUUCGAUGCUGUUUUCUAUCCUUGAACCACAUGGGUAUCGCAGCGUCCGACCAGCGUCAAUAUACGGAUCCAUAAGAGCGGUUGGACAUUGCUACAGAAUGGAUUAUCUAACCGCACUUCUGCUACCCACUGUAUGUACUCUCGAGUAGCACCUUCACGCUCACUGAACCCCAGACUCAGUUAUGAUAGGUAGUAAUGAAGAUGUAUGCACCCAGU